AAUAUGCUUGCUUGGCCCAGUCAACACAAAACAAGCUUGAUUCUAGUGUUGACUGGUGCCAUUUUCACUAUUUUUUGUUUCUCUCUCUUACGGAAGUCCAAACUUUUAGCUUUCUCAUUUACCCUUAUUUUACAUCACCCCUUCGGCAGAACGUCACCACACACCCUCUCAGCAAAUGUCAAAGAUACCAAAGAUCGUCCCGUGGACGAGCACAGAGGAAUAUAUGAGCGUAGCUGAAUGUCUCUACUCGACCGACACAUCAGAGCGCAAGUGUGGUGUAGCAAUAGUCAAGGCGUGGCGCGCCCGUGCUCGCGUUCCCGUGGCAAUUGACGCCACCGCCAAUCUGGUAGAAAUGACCAUUGCUGGCCAAGAGCAACGCCAGGGCUUGACAAUCAAUCAGCUUCGACACCUCUACACCAUGGCGCUGAUCCGCUUUGUCAACACCAUCGUGGAUCUCGAACAAAAGGGCACAUACGCCCAGUCUAUUGUCUCCUUGGCGGGUCGAAUUGGCAUGCCUGCGUGGUUUGUCGAGCUGCGUCAUGCGGGAACCCACGAACAGCUUCCCAGUCUGGUUGUACUGCAAUCGGCCUGCGACCAGGCGCUGUAUUGGCUGAAGGACUACUACUGGAACAAGCAGACGCGCUCGCUGCCGACCGACACGCAAUUGCAUAUUCGCGAGGCUAUUUCAAAGUAUGUUGCUGCUCAAGGCAACGUGCCGUCGAAGAGCGAGGGCCGCAAGGUGAACAAAAAACUGGUCGUCGCUGGGCAGAAAGCCCUGGAAGCGGCCACAGAUGAGCUUACACAGCUUGUUGGGAACCUGCAUUCUGACGCUGUUCGCCACUACCUUGUCCCCGUACUGCUCGAGCCCGGGUUCUUGGUUCCCGAGAACAAAAAAAUGCAAUCAUCUUUCCCUGACUGCAAACUACCGUCGGCACUUGAGGCGCAGUGGAAGGAGUUGUUGCAGUGGUUUGCGGAGUGCUGGGGCGAGUCACUUUUUGUCGAAGAGCUUUUAAACGGUAUGGUAUCCUUGCUGACCCCGGACUCUUCCGAGCUGGGUAUUUUUGAGCUUGGCGAUAGCAGCAUUACCCGCAACCACGCAGCCACGUUGAUUGCUUGGAUCCGGUGGAUCCUUGAAGUCUACUAUGCGCCCAGCAACUCCGAUGCGCGGUCGCUUUUGUCAUUGAUGAUCUGCUCGAAACAUGCCUGCGCAACCCCGGAUACUACUCGCGGUCCGUCCUCAAGGUCGUUUCGGACAUUGACCCCGCGCUCAAGCAGGACCUCAAACCCUUUUUGGCAUGAGGGAAGAAGAGGCGUUGAUGGAGCAGCGGCUGAAGGCACACUUUUCACUUACCGCCGCCAACGACAGAAUGACAAAUUGGAAGCAGACUCAUCGAUGGACGUGGACCCUGUCAAUGGGCUGCCAUGUCAAUAUUCUGUCAGCGAUGGUGCUGUUGAUGUGACUGCCGCUACCGCUGGUGCUGCUGCUGCUCACUCUCGUUGGAGCUAUGUACCUCAGUCUUCGUGCAUCCCACCGCUGGAUUGGCCCACAUGGGUCGACGACAUUCCGAUGCAGAUCGUUCCAGCAUGAGCCCAGUUCGAUCCAAAAAUGGCUUGCAGAAAAACAAUGAAAAAAUCAAAUCAAGUAUCGGUGAAACAGAAAGUGCCCGUUUUUUCUUGUCCCAUGUGAAGUUAGUUUUAUUUAUUUCCAACUAUUUCAAUUUUUAUUAAUGUAAGCUAGAACAUACCAUCA